CACCCGCUCCGCACGCUCGGCGACCAUGCCAGCGCCGACAGAGAUCGAGCUCGCAGCUCUGCCGCGCGCUACCGUCCGGCCAGACACCCUCUCGCGCGCGUCCUCGACCGACAAGCUCUCGCGCGUUUCAACCUUCGCCAACCUCCCCGACCUCACCUCGACGCCGCCGCCCGAGCUCGCACUGCUCAGCACGAGCGCCAGUGGGCGCAACAGCCCCGCCGCCGAGGAGGUCGGGCAGAGGCUGAGGCGCCUCAGCACGAAUGACCGCGAGGAGGAGGGGCGAGGACUGCCGCCAGUCGAUGGUGGCAGCGGCGCGUGGGGCUUUGUCGUUGCAGGCUUCAUCCUCGAAACCUUCAUCUGGGGCUUCUCGUACUCGUACGCCUCGAUCCUCGUCUUCUUCGAGUCGCACGCGCCUUGGUCGUCGUCGUCGCUCGCCGCCCUCACCUCUAUCGGCACCAUCUUACUCGCCGUCAUGUUCAUCUGCCCCGUGUUCGUCAUCACGGUCUUCCGGCGGUACCCUGAGCGCAUCCGAGCCAUGCUGUGGACGAGUGGGCUCGUCAACUGCCUGAGCAUGCUCGUCGCGAGCUGGGCGACCGAGGUGUGGCAGCUCGUCCUCCUCAUCGGCGUCCUGUGCGGCCUGUCUGGCGCCGUCCUGUACGCGCCUGUCCUCCUUUGGCUCAAUGGCUGGUGGCACGACCGUCGAGGACUCGCGUCGGGCAUCAUCUUUGCCGGCACGGGGGUCGGCGGCACCAUCUUCCCGUUCGCGCUGUCGGGCCUCCUCGACCGGUACGGGUUCCCGACCAUGUGCCGAGCGUGGGCCUGCAUCACGGCGGGCGUGUACGCCCUCGCGCUCCUGUACCUCAAGCCGCGCGUGCCGCUCGUCAAGCCUCGCGGCGAGAGGGCGCCGUGGCUCUCUAUACACGAUUUUCGGUUCGUCAAGGACCCGGUCGUGCUCGCCCUGACGGCGACGACGUUCCUCUCGUCGAUGGGCUACAUGCCCGUCAGCCUGUACCUCCCGAUCUACACGUCGUCGCUGUCGACGCCGGGCAAGGCCAACCUGCUCGUCGCCAUCUUCAACCUGUCGAGCAGCGUCGGGUCGACCCUGACGGGCUACACGAGCGACUACUCGCUGCCCAUCACGCUCGUCGUCAUGGGCACGGCGGGUGCCGUCCUGUCGCUGACGGCGUGGGGGCUCGCGAGCUCGCUCGGCGCCGUGUUUGCGUUUGCGGUCCUCUUUGCCGCCUUCUCCCAGGUCUGCUCAACCUGGGGCGCCGCCGCUCGCGACGCCGCCGGCGCCAACCCGCACUUGUCGACCAUGAUCUUCUGCCUGUUUGGCGUCGUGCGCGGCGUCGCGUCCAUCGUCGGGCCGUUCAUCUCGACGGGCCUGUACGAGGAGGCUCUGGCCGACGACGAGCGCGCCGCCUGGGGCCGGUUCGGGUUCCGCAACAUCAUCGUGUUCGUGGGCGUCAUGUCGUGCCUGUCGGGCCUCGGCGGGCCGGGCGUCUACUGGGCUCGCAAGCGCAAGCUCGCUCUCAAGGCGGCUGCAGCGUGAACUCGGAAUGGAAUGGAACGCUGUUGCACACAGG